AUUCGUCCCGUGCUGUUCCAAGGAUCGUUUUAUAUGGAAAACACCACAGACCUGGAAAUGGCUUCCAUUGACGAAGACAAGUCGUUUUUCGCUGAGUUGAAGCACGAUGACAAACUAACGGAUCAGAACGCUAUUGUUCAAUGUGCAGUUCUUUUCACAUCUGUGAGUGGUCAACGUCGCCUUCGGAUUCUCAAUAUCUGCUUACCUGUCUCAUCUGACUAUAACCAGCUUUAUAGAGUAGCUGAUCAAGGCGCACUUGUGUCGUACUUGUUGAAGAAUGCUGUUCAAGCGAAUCGCGAAAAGGGCAACAAAGAAAUGAAGGACCAAAUUUUCCAGCGUUGUGCACAAAUCCUUGCCACUUAUAGAGAAAAAGUUAGCGAGUCGGCUCCUCUGGGACAGCUCAUACUUCCCGAAACGCUGAAACUCUUGCCACUCUUCGUCAAUUCUAUAGUUAAAAACGACGCAAUUAAUGGUGGUUAG